CCACGUGUCACAAUCAUGGCCACCCACGUGUCCAUCCUCAAGGGACAUUCCCUCCAAAAUGAUUGGGCCUGCCAUUCUUUUGGGCUGAAACAAAACCCUGCAGGUGGCCUUUCUUCAUCUGGCCGCUAUCUCAGACUGGAUACAAUUCCGAUGUACGACAAAUCAAAUCGGCAGCGUCAAAACCGAAAUGGGUUUACUUCCAAUUGGCUUCCAGAACCGCGGACCCAGAGAUCAUCAGGAGCAGUUAGAUCAGUUGCCACUGAAGCAGCAGCAUCACCAGCAGCAGCAAAGAUGGUCAAAGCCAUUCGAAUCCACGAACAUGGUGGCCCUGAGGUGUUGAAAUGGGAAGAUGUGGAAGUAGGGGAGCCAAAGGAGGGCGAGAUUCGUGUGAAGAAUGAGGCCAUCGGGAUUAAUUUCAUUGAUGUGUACUACCGCAAAGGCCUUUAUAAGGCUGCUACGCUUCCCUACACCCCAGGUGUCGAGGCUUGUGGAGUUGUGACAGCUGUGGGACCAGGUCUAACGGGCAGGCAAGUUGGAGAUCUUGUAGCCUAUGCUGGUCAGCAAAUGGGCUCAUAUGCGGAAGAGCAGAUCCUUCCUGCAAACAGAGCUGUGCCUGUUCCUCCUUCCAUUGAUCCUAAAGUUGCAGCCUCCCUCAUGCUUAAGGGUACAACAGCUCAGUUUCUACUACGCCGCUGUUUCAAGGUCGAACCUGGACACGCAGUCCUUGUUCAUGCAGCAGCUGGUGGAGUUGGAUCCCUUUUAUGCCAGUGGGCUAAUGCCCUUGGUGCGACUGUCAUUGGGACUGUAUCAACUAAAGAAAAGGCAGCUCAGGCCAAGGAGGAUGGAUGCCACCACGUCAUAAUAUACAAGGAAGAGGACUUUGUCACUCGUGUGAAAGAAAUAACAUCCAACAAUGGGGUUGAAGUUGUCUACGAUUCUGUAGGGAAGGAUACGUUUGAGGGAUCAUUGGAAGUCUUAAAACUUCGGGGAUACAUGGUGAGUUUUGGGCAGUCAUCAGGUGCGCCUGAUCCAGUUCCGUUAUCAGCUAUUGCCGCGAAAUCACUUUUCUUGACUCGGCCUAGCCUCUUUCAUUACGCUGUAACUCGAGAGGAAUUGUUAGAGGCUGCAGGAGAGGUAUUUGCUAAUGUUGCAUCGGGUAUAUUGCGGGUUCGAGUGAAUCACACCUACUCAUUAUCUGAAGCAGCACAGGCACACGCAGACCUUGAGAACAGGAAAACAUCUGGAUCUAUUGUUCUUAUACCCUAGGUCGGAAGCGAACAUAUACGAGUUGGUUUGUUCAUUUCAAAAGCUUUGCGGUAUGUGUGAAGAAAAUUAUGAAUAAGGAACGGAACAUCGCCUUCCGGUUCUGAAACUUCUUGUACCUGUUGUGCUCAAAAGACAUGCGAUGUAAUGAACCUCGAUUAAUUUCCAUCGACAUAAAAAGGGGUGAUUUGUAUGAACAAAACUUAGAACUUUACGAAUUGAGAACAAUAUUUUUUUC